AUGACGCCACCCUACGACAUGGCAGAAGUGCAGACCCGAGCUGAGGGCGUCUUCAGGGUCUUGGAAUUUCAAGAACGUGCGCAGAAGAAGUCUGCGCUCAUCUCUGCUCCACCAACAAAUAACCCUCCGCCACCUGCUAGAGAUGAUAAGAGGAGGGAUAAAAGCAAGUACACGAUCGCUGAAUGCCAUAACCUGAACAAUCAGAUCCAAGCCCUCAUGAGGAGUGGGAGGCUUACCCAAAACAUCAAGGAGGCAGGCAGACCCGGCACCUCGCGGCAUAAUCCCGCUUCUGCCCCAGCACCGCAAGCGUCAGAUCCCGUGCACACAGCCUCUGAUAGCACUCAGGAGCCUCUUAAGCAAGUCCCUAUGAUCCAUGGGAUCGUGGAACUCACUGAGAACCAAGAGCAUAUCACCAAAAUCCACAAGAGGAUGGAAGAACGAGUGAAGCGAUACAAAUCAUUAGGCCACACAGUCAAUCUUGUCACUUCAGAGGAUAGAAGUUAUCCAGCCUCUGCAAUCACCUUCACCGAUGAUGACCUAAAGGGCGUACACCUAGCCCAUGAUGAUCCACUCGUCAUUUCACCUCAGGUUGACCAUUGCCAGCUGGGCAGAGUUCUAAUCGACGGGGGCAGUGGGGUCAACAUCCUCUUCUGGGAAGCCUUCCAGAAAAUGGGGCUAGAGGAGAAUCAGAUCCGACCCUCCACCACACCCAUUUUGGGAUUCAACAGCCAAAGAGUAUAUCCGAAAGGCGUCGUUCAAUUGAUUGUGGUGGCCGCAGAACGCACCUUUCCAGUUGACUUUCUCAUUAUAGAUUCCACCACAAGCUACAACACCAUCAUGGGGAGAAAUUGGAUCCACAGGAUGCAGGGGGUAGUCUCAACUUUGCAUCAGGUGAUGCGGUGUCAAUCACCCAAUGGGCGCUACACUGUAGACAUCAAGGGCUGCCAGAAGCAGGCCAAAAAGUGCUUCCUUACCUUGAAGGAAAUAAAUAGUUCUGGCACUGCCUCCCAUAACAACUCCCUUGACAAAUAG